AUGGGGCUUUCCGUCCCACGAGAUGACGCAGUGCACAUACACCGCUGGGUUGGUGGCAGGCUCAUUGUCAUGGCCUUCGUCCACGGCAUGGCGCAUGUCCUCUGGAUUGGCAAAGAUGGCCUUCAGAAGUACAGCAAGAGGGUUUGGCAGAAUGAUUUCUUGCCGCAGCUGCCCUUCUGGACAGGGGUGUUCAUGUUGCUUGCGGUCCUACUCACCUUGCCAGCAUACUUUAUCUGCAAGGACAAGCGCUACGGCACUUUCCGCUUCCUGAAGAGGUCUUCAAGUGUGGUCUUCAUCUUCUUGGGCCUCUUUCAUGGGGAUGGUGGUGCUUUGCGAUCUCCGACAAUGUGGUCAUUUCUUCUUUUGGUCAUCGUCUAUUUUGCAUUGGACCAAGGUUUGCAGCGAGCCCAGUUCCAUGAAGAGCAUUGUCAUUUUGAACAUUUUCAACAAGAAGGGGACACUCGGGAUUCAGUGUCAGUCCUUUGCCUUGAACUCGGUUCCUCUCAAGGUCAGGAUCAGUCAGGGCACGUCCGAUUGCAGGUGCGUGGAGUUCCCUCUUGGCAACCCUUCACACUGGCCCAACGUCAAGAUGGGCGCGGGGAGCUUCACAUCAAGUUGGCACCAAAGGUACAGGAAGACCAGAUAGCCGCACAGUAUGCAAAUUGGUCCAGUCUGACCAAGUCCAAAGUGUUCGAAGCACUGCACUACCACGAAAGGUUCAGGAUUUGCUGGACUGGGCCAUUUGGUGGGGUGCUGUCCAACAGGGACCUUUACCAAGACACAGCGGUGAUUUUCGUGUGCUGGGGAACCGGCUUCACUGCCGUCACCCAGGGCAUGCAUUCACUCGCCCAGUUAAACAGGUCCAAUGCCUAUGUGUUUUGGCGAGGCGACGGAAGCAUCUACGAGACCUACUUUCAGAGCAAGGUCAGACCCAUAUGUCAGGAGUAUGCGGCCCGCAACAUGCUCCAAGAAUGGCGGGGAUCAGAAACCAACGAUCGGAUGUGGGAUCGUCAUCAGCUCAACUCCGAGUUCUUGAACAUCCUGCAGCAGCACCAGGACGUGCUGGUGACGGUGGGGAUGUGCGGGCCGUCUGCGGCCUGCAAGUCAGUGACAACCGCCAUUGAAGAUCAUUGCACGGAAGGAGGCAAUGGUGACAAGGUUAAGAUUUAUACUGAAGCGUUCGGUUGA